UCACAUGACUGAUCAAAAUGUCUGCUCCCUGAAAAAAAGAAAGACCAGGAAAUAAUGAUUCUGUUAAGAAUUGCUGUACAUAUCUGCCUGUUUUACACAGUUAAAGCUUGUGGAAUUACUACACAUAUCGAAAUAAGUCACAGAGCCAAGACUUAUUUCAAGGAUGAUUCUGGAGCAAAAAUAGACUAUGCUGAGUUAAUACGCACUCACAAUGAUGCACUGAUGGCAGGAAGUCCAUAUCCAGAUGCCUUCUAUUCUGACAUUUGUGCAGAUGGUCAAUAUCACGAUGUGUCUGAGGAUACACACUGGGCACCAUUCCUGAAUGCCUCAGUAAAUUAUAUCAAUUCAAAGUACCCACAACCUUGGGAUGAGGCUACAGAGAAGUUGGUUGUGUUUAUAUUUGGUGUAGUAUCACACCAAGUGGCGGAUAUAUUGUGGCACAGUCUGGGAAUAGAUCAGGGUUUUUUACAAGCAAUGGCAAAUAUCAAUUUUCAUGGUAAAUUUGAUGAAGCUCAUCCAGUGGGAGACUUUGGUGGAGAUAUCCUGACAGAAUAUGAAAUGAACACAAGCUACAUUCCACUGGAAGAAGGCUGGUAUAUUCCAACAGAUGACCUGUAUAAUAUUUACAACUUUUUUAAUGGAACCCAAACAAAAAUAUCUAAGGAGGUGAUUUUGGCUUGUUCGGGUGAAAUAUACUUAGAAAGGUAUAUUCCUACUGAUGACUUAUUCAAUAUAUACUCCAAUUAUUAUGGAACAAACUCGAAGAUGCCAAAAGAUAUCAUACAAGAAUGCACAAUGGUUUUGUUUCUUGGACGACUUGCUGAGGCAAUUGGGGCCAAAGAGUUGUUUAAAGAAUAUGCCGACCAGAGCCCAUUCAUGGUGGACCAGUUUGAGCGAUAUUUCAUUGGUGGGGUUGAUGAUAUGGCAGGCUGGACUCAUAGAAUUUGGCAGGAGACUAUUACCAUGAUUGAAAAAGGGACAGGAGAUUGUGACAUUCCACAUAGCACACUUUUUCUUCACUGUAAUGGAACUGUACCAAGAAUGAAAGGAUAUCGUGACCCUGGGAAGAAUGGAUAUUUCACAAGGCCACCUAUGAAUGGUGUAUCACCCGAUGAUGUGGUGGUGGAGAAAACUUUGAGAGGAAUAAGGAUUAAACCAUCGAAAUCCUACAGGAUGAAAUUACAGAAAAAUUUGAAGGAUGUUUAUGGCUUUUUAUCUGUCAGAUCAUAUGCUACUGGAGACCUCAAUUUUGAUGGUAAACCAGAUUUAGUUAUCACAGCCCCAGGAUAUGGAACUGUUGGUAGCCCACAGGAGGGUCGAGUCUACAUAAUAUAUGGAGAUGACAAUGGUAUUCCAGAGACCUUAAAUCCUGACCUUGACAGUCUUGAAUCAACAGGUCAAGGUCAGAUCCUUAAAGGAUGGGGAACAGCACAGUCUAGGUUUGGUACAUCAGUUGCUGUUAUGGACAUCAACUUAGAUGGGGCAGACGAUAUAGCCAUUGGUGCACCUGCUUUUGCAGAUUUGGAUGAAAGUCCACUUCAGUAUAAGGGUUACGUACUCAUUUACUUUGGUCUUCCAAAGAAGAAGAUUGUUGCUAACGGUGCUGCCAAUAUAACCAUUGUUUGUCAAAAGUUUCAGUAUUGCAAUUUGGGGUUCUCAAUGGCAGCUGGAGAUGUAAACAAUGAUGGAUAUCGAGAUCUUGUGAUAGGAACACCUUUUGCCCCUGGAGGGGGAGAACAGAGGGGAUUUGUUGCUGCACUGUUUGCUGAUGUUUUUAAUUUUGGUUAUACUUAUAAAGAUGUAAGUGAAUUGCACUGGGGAAUAAACGGAAAUCAGAGCUAUGGAUGGUUUGGCUAUGAUAUGACAUUUGGCACUUGGAACAACCAGAACGUCAUGUUUGUCUCACAACCGGAAUUUCGAUAUUGUUACAGACCUAACUGCUCUUAUACCUCAGAUGAAGACAUUCAGAGUGUCGGACAGAUCAAUGCAUUUUACGGAACUAACCUGACACAGAACUGGACGGCAUAUGGUUAUUCACGUUUUUCAGAAAAUGGUUGGAGUGCAGAUAUUGGUUCACCAUACCCUGACAAAAAUGAACAGGUUAUAGCAGUUAGUCAGCUUGGUGAGGAAGUCAGUGGUUCAAUCGCAGGCAGACAUUCAGAAUUUAAGCAGGCCGGGGUUGUAGGGCUCUUUAACACAACAGCAGGACGGUUACCUAGUACCAAAUCGCCAACAGCUGAUCAUGUAAUAGAAGGAGACAGAUCGUAUGAAAGAUUCGGCUACAAAGUUAAGUUUUGGGAUGUCAACAAUGAUACAAUGAGUGACCUAUUUAUUGGAGCUCCAUUUAGGACGGAGGAUUUCACGGAAGAAUUGUUUGACGCUGAGCAAGGCCAGGUGUAUAUCUAUACAGGUGGUGAAAAUUUUCCGUUCAAGGUCGACUGUGGAAACUCACUAAUUUAUCCAUGUCCAAGACUGCAGGCAAGUAAAUUGUUUUUGUUUGUUUCAGAUUUUAAAAUUUCUACAUUGAUACUUUUAUUAGUAGCAUUAGAUAUUGUUAGCAGUGUAUACUAGCUCAUAUUCCUUUAA